UAAUAGUGAUGAAAUAUUAGAUUGUAGCAUAAAUUUUACCAUUAAACUAAUUUCCGUUCUCAAGUAAUUUUCUGCAUUUAGCUUGCUGAAAAAAAAUCAAAUAUCACCACGCAUGAAAUUGAGGUGAACCCAUAAGGAUUACUGGGAAUGAUUCGAAACAUUUUGAAACGUUGUCAUCACUUUCACUACAACCCAACAACAAAUUUCAACGUUAAAACUGUCCUCACUUCACUCAUUCACACUCUUUCCAAUCCAAACCAAAACGAAUUGAAUGAAUACAAAUGGAGGAAUCAACAACAACGAGAAGAUGAAGAGAAACCCGCGUUUCAGAUUUCUCAUCCAUGGCCUGAAUGGGUAGACUUGAUGGAAUGUUUGCUCAAAAAGGGUCACUUCCAUGCAGAGGGUAACCCCUUUUUGAAUCCCCAAUUGGGUUCAAAAGAAUCCAAUCUUAUUAGAACCGCUUGCCUUAACUUUGGUAGAGACCAUUCUCAUCUUUUAAGGUUUUUGUCUCGAAAAGAUAUAGGAGUUAUUGUAGCAUUUGGAUGUCCAAGCUUAGAUAGGAAAGUGAUCAACUCAGGAAAGCGUCUAAGAGCAUAUGCGGGCAUUGAUGAGGGAAAUGUGUGCAGCUCGUGUAAUUUGAGGGGGAAUUGUGAAAGGGCAUUCGUGAACGCGCGUGAGAAUGAAGGUGGAAGAACAAUGGAUGUUAUGCGUAUUAUUUUGACUUAUGGGCUUGACCCAAUUAUUGGUUCAGUGGAUAACAAACCAUCUCUGAAUAAAAUGGUAAAAGAAUCUGUUAGAAGACUGCUGAAAAAGAUAGUAGAGUGCAGUGCUGAAGACCAAAAACCCAAUUUUUCAGACACCACAGAGGUUGCUGUCAAAGAUGUUUAUCACAAUCCACAAGAUAAAGGCAAAAAACACGGUCCUAUGAAACAAGGCGAUUGGCUUUGCCCCAAAUGCAAUUUUCACAACUUCGCGAGAAAUAUCAAGUGCUUGCACUGUGACAACUUCUGUGAGGAAAAAAUCAAGCAAUUGAAGGAGGAUAAUAAUCAUUUACCUUUGAAGAAAGGAGAUUGGAUAUGCAACAAAUGCAACUUCCUCAAUUUUGCAAGGAAUACAAGAUGUUUGCAAUGCAAAGAAGGGCCUUCAAAUCGCCGUGUUAAUCCAGGGGAGUGGGAAUGCGAAUCGUGCAACUACAUCAAUUUCAGAAGAAACAUGGUUUGCCUGAAAUGUGAUCAUAGAAGACCUAAGGUGUCAACUACUUCAAACUCUUCCCUUCAACCUCAAGGAGAAGAUAGCAGAUUGACUUUUGCAGGAUAUCGGUUUGAUAGUAACAAAGAAUCACCAAUGGUGUCGGAAAGAAAGAGCAGAAAUAGAGAUUCACAAAAGUGGAGAUUUGUAGAAGAUGGAAUUGAACAUCAUAGCUAUUUAGAGAACUCAAAUGAUACUUCAGAAGUUUUAGCUUUUCCUAUUGCUGGAGGUAAGACUGGCAUGUCUAAGACAGAAAGGGGAGAAGCUUAUAAGAAUGAGCCGCUAAGUCAGUGCAAAAAGCACUCGUGGCAAAAUGAAACCAAUGACGAGUUUAGUUCUUCUGAUGAUCCGAAUUCUGAUGAUGAAGAGAUGGCUGAAUGGUUUGGAAAGAGUAAGAAUGCUAGGUAGAAUUCUAGGAAGAGAGACUUUGAUGAUGAAGAGAUGGCUGAAUGAUUUGGAAAGAGUAAGAAUGCAAGGUAGAAUUCUAGGAAGAGAGACUUUGACCUUAUACUUCUAAUGUUUGUAUGAAGCGUUGAAUUUUAUGGCCAAUACCAAGAGUCAAUAUAUGUAACAUACUUGUGAGGCUCCUUACUUUUUGUUGAGUUGCAACUGGAAGCAUAGGUUGCAUUAAGGUCGGUGGAGUAAAGUUUUGGCACAUCCAUGCUAUGAGUUAUGAGUUAUAAAAUUAGGAUUUUUUGUGGUCAAAUAUAAUGAAUACAUUAUGCUUUUUUCUUUAUUCUAGUUGAAGUGAGAUGAGUUUGAUUGUAAAGACAGUGUUGGCUGGCAAAGGAGAAUAUAUU